AUGAAGCUACCAACGUCCCCCAAGAUAUACAAUGUCUACUUCGUCGCUGUGAUUGCGACUGUGGGUGGCAUGUUGUUUGGCUUCGACAUUUCGUCGCUCUCAGCGAUCAUUGGAACCAAGCAGUAUGUCGCAUUCUUUGACAACCCGCAUGGAGUUCGCCAAGGUGCUAUCAACUCUGCUCUCGCCGCAGGAUCGGUUGUUGGCUCCAUCAUAGCUGGUCCUAUCUCCGACAAGAUCGGCCGCCGAGACUCUAUCAUGUUUGCCUGUCUCUGGUGGUUGGUUGGUACUGCUAUCCAGGCUGGUGUGUCUGGCUUUGGAACGCUGAUGGCUGGCCGCGUUUUGAACGGUGUCUGUGUGGGUAUUACCUCAUCCCAGGUGCCGGUCUAUCUGGCCGAGAUCAGCAAGAAGGAGAAGCGUGGUUCUAUCAUUGUCAUUCAACAGUUGGCAAUCGAGUGGGGUAUCUUCAUCAUGUUCUUCGUCGGCUAUGGCUGCUCCUUUAUUGCUGGUUCGACUUCCUUUCGUCUGGCAUGGGGCCUGCAAUUAGUCCCGUGUGUUCUGCUGAUGAUCGGCUUGCCAUUCCUGCCUGAAUCGCCGCGUUGGUUGGCCAAGGUCGACCGCACCGAGGAGGCGAUUACCACCCUGGCCAGAAUCCAGGCCGGCGGCAAUGUUGAUGACCCGCUUGUGGUUGCCGAGUGGGAGGAAAUUACCACGGUGCUCGCAGCCGAGCGAGUAGCAGCCCCGGGCUGGCGCAAGUUUUUCGUGAACGGUAUGUGGCGCCGUACCAUGGCCGGCUUCACCUGUCAAGCCUGGCAGCAGCUCUCCGGAGCGAAUGUCAUGACAUAUUACGUCGUUUACGUCUUCCAAAUGGCAAACUUGUCUGGAAACAUCCUAUUAGUUUCGUCCGGUAUCCAAUACGCACUGUUCAUUGUCUUCACCUCCGUCAUCUUCUUCUACAUCGAUAAGACCAGCCGGCGCAACCUCCUGAUCUACGGAGCGCUGGGAAUGGCUGCCUGCCACUUCGUCGUGGGCGGAGUUCUGUCGUCGGGAGAAUACGUCCCGGAAGGUGUAGACGGCAACCUGAACGUUCAAACCCGGGUGAGAGGAUCCAAGGCCCACACCGUCAUUGCAUUCUCCUACCUCUUGAUCAUCAUCUAUGCCCUGACCCUGGCGCCCGUCGCCUGGGUCUACGCAGCGGAAGUCUGGUCCUUGGAGACUCGUGCAUCGGGAAUGUCUAUCGCUGCCGUCGGCAACUGGUUGUUCAACUUCGCCCUCGGCCUCUUCGUGCCCCCGGGCUUCGCCAACAUCAGAUGGAAACUGUUCAUCGUAUUCGGAGUUCUGUGCAUCGGAGCCGCGGUCCAGGUGUUCUUCACCUACCCGGAAACCUGCGGCAAGACCCUCGAAGAAGUGGAGGAGAUGUUUAGCAAGAACGGACCGAAACCAUGGCAUACCAAGCCCGGUCACUCGAAGCUGGACCACCUGAUCAAAGAGGCUCGUGAAAAGGGUCUACACGUCAAGGAUGUUGGCAUUAAGACCGAGACGGUGGAGGAUGUCGAGGAGACCAAGGCCGCUGAGGCAGCUGUCUAG